GGCAAACCGAAAAGUGAAUCGGUGUGGCGUAAUCCAAAAACGCCCUCUAAACGCGAGAGUGGCGAGGAGGGACGAAGAGAAAAAUAAGAAAUAAAUCCCUCCCUGCUCUGACAAGGAGGAUAGACUGACCAUUACAUCGCAAAGAUGGGGAACAGGGGAAUGGAGGAUUUGAUUCCUCUGGUGAACCGCAUGCAGGAUGCCUUCUCCGCCAUCGGUCAGAACUCGAACCUCGACCUGCCCCAGAUCGCCGUGGUGGGGGGCCAGAGUGCGGGGAAAAGCUCGGUGCUGGAGAACUUCGUCGGGAGGGAUUUCCUUCCCCGUGGCUCUGGCAUUGUGACUCGCCGUCCUUUGGUUCUGCAGCUGAUAAACAGCCCCACAGAACAUGCCGAGUUCCUCCACUGUAAGGGCAAAAAGUUCACAGAUUUUGAUGAGGUCCGGCAGGAGAUAGAGGCAGAGACUGACCGCAUCACCGGAGCCAACAAGGGCAUCUCCCCUGUGCCCAUCAACCUGCGUGUCUACUCCCCUAAUGUGCUGAACCUGACCCUGGUGGACCUGCCGGGUAUGACCAAAGUGCCGGUGGGCGACCAACCUGCAGACAUCGAGUCCCAGAUUAGAGAAAUGCUGAUGCAGUUUGUCACCAAGGAUAACUGCCUGAUGCUGGCCGUGUCCCCGGCCAACUCUGAUCUGGCCAACUCUGAUGCUUUAAAGAUUGCCAAAGAGGUCGACCCUCAGGGUAUGAGGACCAUUGGUGUGAUCACAAAGCUGGACCUGAUGGACGAGGGGACAGAUGCUAAGGACAUCCUGGAGAAUAAGCUGCUUCCACUCAGGAGGGGUUACAUUGGUGUGGUGAACAGAAGCCAAAAGGACAUAGAUGGCAGGAAGGACAUCAAUGCUGCUAUGGCUGCUGAGAGGAAGUUUUUUCUCUCCCACCCUGCAUAUAGACACCUGGCCGACCGUAUGGGAACUCCCUACCUCCAGAAAAUCCUCAAUCAGCAACUGACCAACCACAUCCGGGACACCCUGCCGGGUCUGCGGGCCAAGCUGCAGAGUCAGCUUCUCUCCAUAGAGAAGGAGGUGGAGGAGUACAAGAACUUCAGACCUGACGAUCCGUCUCGCAAGACCAAGGCUCUGCUCCAGAUGGUGCAGCAGUUCUCUGUGGACUUUGAGAAGUGUAUAGAGGGCUCCGGGGACCAGAUUGACACAGCUGAGCUGUCAGGUGGUGCCAGAAUCAAUCGCAUCUUCCAUGAACGCUUUCCCUUCGAACUGGUCAAGAUGGAGUUUAAUGAGAAAGAGCUCCGCAAGGAGAUCAGCUACGCCAUAAAGAACAUUCACGGAAUCAGGACGGGGCUGUUCACCCCUGACCUGGCCUUUGAGGCCAUAGUGAAAAAGCAGAUCCAAAAGCUGAAGGAGCCAACACUGAAGUGUAUAGAUAUGGUAGUGAGCGAACUCACCUCCACCAUACGAAAGUGUAGCCAAAAGCUCGCUCAGUAUCCCAUGUUGAGAGAGGAGAUGGAGAGAAUCGUCACCCAGCACAUCAGGGACAGAGAAAGCCGUGCUAAGAACCAGGUGUUGCUGUUGAUAGACAUUGAGUUAUCCUAUAUGAACACCAACCAUGAGGACUUCAUUGGAUUUGCCAACGCUCAGCAGAGGCUCAACCAAAUGAAUAAGAAGAAAGCAGCUGGCAACCAGGUGAUAAGGAAAGGUUGGCUAACCAUCAACAACAUCAGCAUCAUGAAGGGAGGAGCCAAGGAGUACUGGUUUGUCCUCACCGCAGAAUCUCUGUCCUGGUAUAAAGACGAUGAGGAGAAGGAGAAGAAGUACAUGCUGCCGGUGGACAACCUGAAGCUGCGUGAUGUGGAGAAAGGCUUCAUGUCCAGCAAGCACAUCUUUGCCCUCUUCAACACCGAACAGAGGAAUGUGUAUAAAGACUACCGUCAGCUGGAGCUGGCCUGUGAGACUCAGGAAGACAUUGAUGCUUGGAAAGCCUCCUUCCUCAGAGCUGGAGUUUAUCCUGAACGGGUCACGAGUGAAGGCAGUGAUGAAAAUGGCUCUGACAACAUAAUGCACAGCAUGGACCCUCAGCUGGAGCGGCAGGUGGAGACCAUUCGUAACCUGGUUGACUCCUACAUGGCCAUCGUCAACAAGACCGUCCGCGACUUGAUGCCGAAGACCAUCAUGCACCUCAUGAUUAACAAUACUAAAGAGUUCAUCAACGCAGAGCUGCUGGCCCAGCUGUACUCGUGCGGCGACCAGAACUCGCUGAUGGAGGAGUCUCAGGAGCAGGCCCAGCACCGCGACGAGAUGCUGCGGAUGUACCACGCCCUGCGGGAGGCCCUCAACAUCAUCGGUGACAUCAGCACAUCCACCAUAACCACCACCAUGCCGCCUCCCGUGGAUGACUCCUGGCUGCAGGUGCAGCGGAGUGGCUCCGGAGGAAGGUCUCCAGCCACCAGUCCAACUCCAAACCGCAGGGCUCCACCGGGACCUCCGGGCCGCCCGGUCUCUCGUGGGCCUCCACCUGGGCCUCCUCCCGCUGGGGGACCCCCAGUCCCAUCUCGCCCAGGGGCUUCUCCGGACCCUUACAGUGGGCCACCACCCACCGUGCCCUCCCGGCCUAACCGCGCACCCCCAAGUGUGCCCAGUCGGAGACCCCCACCUUCUCCAACCCACUAGACCUCUGAGCUCCUCCCCCUCUCCAUCUGUCCGUCCCACCUCCAGAUGAGAGGCCAUGGACAACAGUGCCACCUUCCUGUCGUUUUCUGCUAUACCCGACCUGAGCCGGCUCCCUUCUCCUGCUCCUACUUUUCCCUUACAAGUCACGCACACACACAACACACAACACAACACACAACACAACACACACACAC